CUAGACCAGCUGACGAUAUGGCACGUACCAAGCAGACCGCUCGUAAGUCCACCGGAGGCAAGGCGCCCAGGAAGCAGUUGGCCACCAAGGCAGCCCGUAAGAGCGCGCCGGCCACAGGAGGCGUGAAGAAGCCUCACCGUUACAGGCCCGGCACCGUCGCCCUGCGUGAGAUCAGGCGUUACCAGAAGAGCACCGAACUGCUGAUCCGCAAGUUGCCGUUCCAGCGUCUCGUCCGCGAGAUCGCCCAGGACUUUAAGACCGACCUGCGUUUCCAGAGCUCCGCCGUCAUGGCACUGCAGGAGGCCAGCGAGGCAUACCUGGUCGGACUCUUCGAAGACACCAACUUGUGCGCCAUCCACGCCAAGCGAGUCACCAUCAUGCCCAAGGACAUCCAGCUGGCGCGCCGCAUCCGCGGAGAACGAGCCUAUCGAGGGAGGAGAGCGACUGGCCGGCCGGUUUACUUCUUCUUGGCGGCGGUCUUCUUGGGCGUUUUGGCUUUCUUCACGGCCACUUUCUUCGGUUUGGGCGACUUGGGCUUUUUCGUCGGCGGUUUGGCGACCUUCUUUGCCUUGCUGGGAGUCUUGGGCUUGGCGGCCUUCUUGGUCGCGGCGGCGGCGGCCGGUUUCUUGGCUGCGGCUGGCUUUUUGGCCGCCUUCGGCUUCUUAUCGCCGGCUUUCGGCUUGGCCGGUGCUUUCUUGGCGGCCUUCUUGACCGUCUCGCUGCCGGCGGACUUGGCUCCUUCUCCGGAGGAUUUCACCGACAGUUUGAACGAGCCGGUGGCCCCCUUGCCUUUCGGCUGGGUGAGAGCGCCGGACGCUACGGCCGACUUGAGUCGUCAGUGUGCGGCCCUGGCGUUUGAGCGCGUACACGACGUCCAUGGCGGUGACCGUCUUCCUCUUGGCGUGCUCGGUGUAUGUGACGGCGUCACGGAUCACGUUCUCCAGAAACACCUUGAGCACUCCGCGGGUCUCCUCGUAGAUGAGGCCCGAGAUACGCUUGACACCGCCGCGGCGAGCCAGACGACGGAUUGCGGGCUUGGUGAUGCCCUGGAUGUUGUCACGGAGCACCUUCCUGUGACGCUUGGCGCCUCCCUUUCCCAGCCCCUUACCACCUUUGCCUCGACCGGUCAUGUUGCUGUUGCAGUGGCGUUAGUCAAACAGAUGAUAAAAUCGCCCGUUCUCGGUAGUUUUGUCAACUCUGGCUGCUCUGGGAAAAACAUAUCUCAUUUAGCGAGACAAGCUGACGCUAUGGCACGUACCAAGCAGACCGCUCGUAAGUCCACCGGAGGCAAGGCGCCCAGGAAGCAGUUGGCCACCAAGGCAGCCCGUAAGAGCGCGCCGGCCACAGGAGGCGUGAAGAAGCCUCACCGUUACAGGCCCGGCACCGUCGCCCUGCGUGAGAUCAGGCGUUACCAGAAGAGCACCGAACUGCUGAUCCGCAAGUUGCCGUUCCAGCGUCUCGUCCGCGAGAUCGCCCAGGACUUUAAGACCGACCUGCGUUUCCAGAGCUCCGCCGUCAUGGCACUGCAGGAGGCCAGCGAGGCAUACCUGGUCGGACUCUUCGAAGACACCAACUUGUGCGCCAUCCACGCCAAGCGAGUCACCAUCAUGCCCAAGGACAUCCAGCUGGCGCGCCGCAUCCGCGGAGAACGAGCCUAAGUGACACACAAGCGUGCACUGCCUGCCCCGCUGCCGGUGGCUACGACAAACGGCCUUUCUAAAGGCCACCA